GUAUGUAAGCAGGUAGUUUUCUUAGCUUCCAACGGACAGUAAAAUUUUACUAAAUUCGUUAACUAAAAAUUGUAAAUUCGAAGUGAUAUUAUUUCUGCUACACAAAUUAAUUAAUCGUAAACUUUCGCCGCAAAUUAUACUACGGAAAAAAGAUUUUGGCAAGACUGAAGGGUUUGGCAAAGUUUACCAAGGCCAAGAGAUGAAAUGAACGUCUCCUCGUACCCGUUCAGUUUGUGCCUGGUGAAAGUAAUACAUUCUACAACAUCGAUCAAAUGGCUUCUGGCGAUGUUAUCAACUCCAUUGAUCAGGAUCUGUCAAGCACAUCUCAUACAAAAACAGCAGAUUUUUCUAAUUUCAAUAAAGAUGAUCCAAAUAUUCAAUCUUCAAGUUCAGAUAUUAAUCAGCACCGCCAGUCUCGUUAUGGCAAUAAAGGGGAUAAGGAGCGGAAGAUUGGGCAUCGGCGCGUUGGAGAAGGCGGCGAGAUCACGUAUAAAAAGAUUCAAACAAGCCAGAUAAUGGGCUCCAUCCAGUUGGGCAUUCAACACACUGUCGGAAGCCUGGCAUCUAAACCGAAACGUGAUCUUCUAAUGAUGGACUUUUUCGAAAUCGAAAGUAUAACUUUUCCCCCAGAAGGAUCUAGCCUUACGCCAGCCCACCAUUACAGUGAAUUCAGAUAUAAAAUAUAUGCGCCUAUUGCAUUCCGAUAUUUUAGGGAUUUGUUUGGAAUACAACCGGAUGACUUUAUGAUGUCCAUGUGCUCAGCGCCAUUACGAGAGUUAUCAAAUCCGGGUGCCUCUGGUUCCAUUUUCUAUUUAACGGCUGAUGAUGAGUUUAUUGUUAAAACUGUACAACAUAAAGAAGGAGAGUUUUUGCAAAAGCUUUUGCCAGGUUAUUAUAUGAACUUGAAUCAAAAUCCGCGAACGUUGUUGCCAAAAUUUUUUGGACUCUACUGCCUACAGACGAGCACUAGUAAAAAUAUCCGAUUGGUUGUUAUGAACAAUCUGUUGCCCUCAUCAGUUAAAAUGCAUUUGAAAUAUGACUUAAAGGGAUCAACUUUUAAACGGAAAGCUUCGAAAGCGGAACGUUCUAAAAAAUCGCCAACUUACAAGGACCUCGAUUUUAUGGAACAUCAUCCGAAUGGUAUAUUCUUAGAAGCAGAGACAUAUAGCGCACUCAUCAAAACAAUACAGCGUGACUGCACGGUGUUGGAAUCCUUUAAGAUAAUGGACUAUUCGCUAUUAGUCGGUGUUCAUAACUUGGAUCAGGCAAGUAAGGAAAAGAAAAGCGAGAAGAAAAAGUCAAAAGCUCCUCUUGCUGAAGAUUCCGAUGUUGACGAUUUGCCAGAUGGUGAGGGUGGAGCCGCAGGCGGAUCGGAGGGCCGCGAAAGAGAUUCUUCUGUUGGCAUGAAUAAAAAUAGAUCGGGGAAUCGGCAACGGUUGGUGGCACACUCCACAGCCAUGGAAAGCAUUCAAGCAGAGAGCGAGCCAAUAGACGACGAAGAUGAUGUUCCACCCGGUGGAAUACCUGCCAGAAGUGAAAAGGGGGAACGCUUACUUCUGUACAUUGGCAUAAUUGAUAUACUUCAGUCUUACAGAUUGAAAAAGAAGCUUGAGCAUACCUUCAAGAGUAUCAUCCACGAUGGGGACACUGUAUCAGUGUGCCGACCAUCAUUUUACGCUCAAAGAUUCCAAAACUUUAUGGCCAAAACUGUAUUUAGAAAAAUACCGUCGUUGGAUUUACCGGAAAUCAAAGGAAAUCAUAGAAAAUUUCGAACUUUAGUAACCAGCUAUAUCGCACUUAAACAUUCUCCUUCAAAAAGGAAAAGUUUAUCAAAGGCAAUACAGCGAUCUAUUGAUAAUGAGAAUGAAAAUCGAUCGGAAUCCAACUUCGAGCAUCGCCCGACCCAUGCGCACCCUUUACACACUAGCCACACUAGUCACACUUCCGGCGUGAAGACGCACACACAAUCAAAUAAAAUGACGGUUGGACUGAUGUCUUCUGUGGCAGAUGUACCGACCUCGGCUACAUCGACCACCUCUCAAACAACUGCAGCCCCAAUUAUGGGUCCGCGAUUAUCUAUUCAACAUGCAGGCGGUAGCGCAGCGAAAUCUAAAGUUCCCCCACCAGUGCCACCGAGAGGCUCGCCCCGAAGGAAGAAAAGUGAUGGCCAUAACGAGGUUGCCCGUGCAAUUUCCAAUACAGGCUCAACACCUUCUUGCAGUUCAACGCCUCCACCCGCAUUUGACGAUAUCUCCGAAGACAGUUCGAAUAGAAAUAGUUCGUCUUUCGGUAGGAAAUCACAAUACCACCACGAACGUAAAAUGAACGUUGGUCCAGCGUUUCGGGGCUCACAUAAGGACGAUAUCGUCAGCAUUUCUGAAAUACACUUAGACACAUAUUUGGCUGUAGAUACAUCAUCCAGUAGUCAAUAUGGAUCACGUGGAGGAUUAGCGUGGACACCGCCGGCAUCUGGAGAGGGCUCAACCCCCACAUGGACGGAAGGUACGCCCAGUUUUACGGACUCCAGCUCAAGCGGUGACAUGGAGAAUUUUUCACCAAUUAACACCUCAAAAACUGAUAGGCAUAAAGCAACUGUCGAAGAUACACUUAAUUCCCUAUCAUCGGAAAUGAUUCGAUAUUAACUUUUUCUUCAUACAUAGUUAUAAUAACGAAAGGCAAGUGAUACAAGCGGAUAAUUAUGCGAAGAUCCAAAUCUAGGCAAUGUGUAUAAAUAAACGUUUAUGUACAUAUGUACACGUAUGUGUGUGCUUCAUGAGUGCGUGCUUGCUAAUUACUUAAAACCCUACCUAUUAAUAAUGAGAUUAAAUAAAUAAAUGUGAGAUUACUGACUACACACAUUCAUAGAUACAUACAUACACGUAUAUAAUAAUAAUGAUGAAAUCUAUACCGAAAAUAUCCUAUUUGGCGACUAAUGCAGGAUUAAAAUGUUUAGAAGUACAUAUGCAUAUGUACAUAUAAUACAAUUUUAUGUACACUACUAUUACCUACAUAUAUUAUACAUGAAUGUGUAUACAUGCAUACAUUGUAUGUACUACAAUACAUUUACCUUUUGCCUAACUCUUAUUAUCUUCCCAGUAUGAACAAAAAAUACUUUCUACACUCUGAUCCAAAACUACAUAUUUAUUACAUAAAUAUGUGUGUAUAUACAUAAAAAAAACAUGCAUGUACAUAGUAUAUGUAUGUAUGUACAUAUAUCUCAUAAAAUGCAAUCAUAUAUCUACCAGCACAGUACAUAUAUUUGCAACGGCAUACAUAUGUAUUUAUGAAUAUAUAAAUUUAAUUAAUAGCUUCAUUAAAAGCCUGAUCAUGUUCUUCAAUUUAUAUACAGACAUACACACAUGUAUACAUACACACCUCAUAUAU